CUGCCCGCUCCUCUCCCACGUCGUGAUUGGCCGUCUUGGCCGAAAGCCUCUUGAAUGAUUUCAAACCCGAGUGUUUGGACACGGAGGAGGAGGUGGAGGGGGGGCUGUGCUGACAAUUCCGAGCUGGCUGAGUGGAAGGGCUUGAAUCCUCCGUCCACCAGCACGCCACCUCAGUAAAGAGGCUUAUCCGAGGAGCGUUGUUGACUGCAAACGCGUUCAGAUAUUUUCUUUUUAAAAAGUGGGCUUUUAGAGGUGUCCUGUUUACGCGAAUAUUCAUCGAUUAGCUGAAAGUGGGCUUUAGCUAACAUUAAAAUACCAAAUUUGUUGGAUUUUCUGUUUACUAUCCUUUGAAUGGAGCAAUGUCCAGCGGAGACGGCGCACAUUGCGGUGGGACGCGGUAUGAUGUGCUGACGGGACUCUGCGCCGGGGACCUGAUUGAAAAUCACUGGUAAUCGAUUGAAAAUCAUAUGUUGGUGUUACUGACGAAAUGUGAGUAGGCUACCCGCAGUUGUUUCCGAGUUUCAUAACGGAUUUUCCUUCAAAAGAUUAGUAAGGGCAUUCAAUUCAUGCACGGGUUGCCAUAGCACCAUUAAUAUUUUCCCUUUCAUUAUCUGUCUGCUGAAGAGGAGGGCAUAACGAUACUUUAAUAUUUUGGACAAUGUAUUCGUAUUUUAACACAAUUCCGCAAUUGAGGCUUGGUUAAAUGACUUUUGAUAGUUAAUUUCAAGCCGCCGUUUUAACGAACUGAGACUCACAGCCAUGGCUAAAAAUCCGUCCGAGGGGCCGAGGGAUGAACUGAGCCAGCUGACGGACGAGGAGCUGCUUCGGUGCAGCAAAGAGGAGCUGGUCCGGAGAUUGAGGAGGGUUGACAGCGACAAAAUGAACUUGAUGAUCGACCAUGGCAACAUGAUGAAAGACAUCAAUCGGCGGCUGCAGGUGCAUCUGCACGAGAUCCGGAGCCUGAAGGAGAUCAACCAGAAGCUGCAGGACGACAACCAUGAGCUCCGGGAGCUCUGCUGCUUCCUGGACGACGACCGACAGAAGGGCAAGAAGCUGUCCCGAGAGUGGCAACGCUUUGGCCGCUACACUGCCAGUGCCAUGUGGAAAGAGGUGGGAACCUACAUGAUGAAGCUGAAGGAGCUGGAGGCCAACCAGGACACCGUGUUGAGGGAGAACACUGAGCUGAAGGAGAUCAUCCUCAUGCUGGACGAGGAGAGGAACGGAGCAGGCUCCAGGAGCUCCAUAGACAGUCAGUCCAGUUUAACCAACCUGAACGGUGGCACCGGCACGGUCAGGGAUGUUGGAGACGGGAGUAGCACGUCCAGCACUGGGAGUGCUGGUAGCCCCGAUCACCACAAUCACAACCACAUACACAAGCCCUCUUCAGAGAACAGUAAGAUGGGCCCCACCAUGAGGAGGUCCAUGGAUGACCUGUCAGCACCGCACCAUCACAGGAGCAUCCCCAAUGGACUUAAUGAUUCCUCCUCCAACUACAUCCGGCAGCUGGAGACUAAAGUGCGGAUCCUGGAGGAUGAUAACAGCAAGCUUCUCUCACAGGCUUAUAACCGGUAUAGUUUAUCACAGAUACAGACAAAAAAGCAGUGUAACCCAGGUGACCUUCGUGCACUGAGGAAGGGAAUGACCCUCUACCACUCAGAGUCCCAGCUGUCCUCACUGCCCCAGCGCCAGGACGCCAUGCACAUGGGUACUGGCCGUCUCCCAACCAGCGAGUCCUCUCCUGCCACAGGCUACCUGUCCUGCGUCCAGAAGCCUGAGGCUGUGGUGCAUGCCAUGAAGGUGCUGGAGGUCCACGAGAACUUGGACAAGCAGGUUCCUGAGGACUAUGAGGACGAUCUCAGUGAGAAAGAGAAGGCCAUUGUGCGAGAGAUGUGCAAUGUGGUGUGGAGAAAGCUGGGUGAUGCAGCAGGAUCAAAGCUGUCCGUCAGACAGCACCUCUCUGGGAACCAGUUCAAAGGGCCGCUGUAGCAUGGCAACCGGAGAAAGAGAGAGAGAUUUACAGUACCUACACUCACCUGAAAACACCUCUUACUACCGGCGCCUACACCACCCAUCAUGCCGUGCUCCUUACUGCCUACAGCACCCAGCAUUCCUUUAACACUCUCUGGCUAAGACUAAGCUACUAAAUGGACCUGUUAGUCUGUUAUUCACAUGUACAAACAUGUUUUUAUCUCAGAGCUUAUGAAGCGUUGACAACUGGCAGCUAGUUUCACUUAUUCGCCACGUUUCUUCAUUGAUUUGGAGGCUUCACUACACAAUGAUUUCUCUCUGUAAAAGCUGUAAACACAUACCGCUUUUAGUCCUUUAGAGCAUAGCUGUGCUACACUAAGCUAGCGAUAUGACAAGGUUGACAGACCUGAUUAGGCCGCAGGAACAAAAAUCUCUUCACAUGUUGCUUUGGGAUGUGAACGCAACAUUGUAGGGGUGUCUUCGGAUAAGUUUUGAUAGUACCUCCUAUAGAGACUCUAGCUUCUGUCACAUGUAUCGCCCCCCUCGUGGUCAACAAGUAUAACUAGCAUUAGCAUUCUAAAGUGUUAACUAAUGUGAAACCCACUGUGACCUAGCGCCUUUUGCUCAUAAGACAAGUCUAUGGAUAAAAAAGUCUAGAGAUCACUGUUAUCUUGUGUAUAUUAUGUAUAAAACCAUACAUUGUUAUUGUUGAUUUUACUUUGAUCUAUUUUGUAUUCUAGCGUGGCCAUGUGAUCAAUUAUUUAGUUUGAAAAGCACACACAACCGGACCUUAAACAGGGUUUGCUUUUGUUUGUUUUUUAAAUUCUUUUCCAGAUUCAUUGAUAUUAUUCCUUCUCUCUGUAACCUCUGAAAAUGUAUCAAGGUCAUUCUGAAUCAAUCCAUCUCCACAGGCUAAAGGAUAGAUAAUUUUCUUUGUGAAAUUAACUAAAUUUGUAUGCUGUGUGCAUGCUUGACAAUCAUUUUCUCAGGUUGGGAGGGCUACAGCUUUACCUUUGCCCAUCUGGUGACUGUGUGUGUGUGGAAGGAGUCUGAAUGGUUCUCUUGCAGCUGUAGCAUCUGCCUGUGAAUCCUCUUUUUCUCUAUUGAACCCUGGUUACAACUCGGUUAAAGACUGCUGAAGGCAUUUGCUGAAUCCAUACAAAAAGUAUCAUCCUAUUAACGGUAAUAAAACUGUCAAGGCCAAAUACUAAACCCUAAGUUCAGUUAGGAUGGAAUUUUUUGGAUUGCUUCUAAUUCCUUGGUUAUUUUAUAUCUCAGUAGAUGAAAAAAAAGUUUUCUUAAAGGACUAAACCCUUUUCUGUUGUCAUGGAUUCAGCAGGUGUGUUCAUGCAGUGCAUGUUUCUUAAAGUUUAAUCUUUUUUUCUUAGAAUAUAAGAGAUGAAGUCUUCCCUUAGAUGUCUCCUGAAAACUAACAUUUAAAAACAAGCAUUUCUUGAUGUCAGAAUGAACAAACAUUAUUUGCCAUAGUAUUUAUUGCCAGGUGUCAGAUAGAGAUGGGAGCGCUAUCAGUAACUGAACAGUCAUAUUUUUAAUUUAUCAGAUUUCCUGUAAGUUAUUUGAUGGAUAAGUAUUGUGACUUACAGCUCUGGCUCUCCCAUCUCUAGUGUUAUUUGUUCCAAAUUAGAACAUUUCUGAGGCUCCCCGCCAUGCACCUCUGUUCCCUCAAAUAAUGGGUAAAAAAUAAAUCCAAGUGUGGUUUUUUAAAAGUGUCCUUUUUUCUAGGAACUGAUUUGAAGCCAUUAUACAAUUUUGAAUACUUUAUAUAUGGCAUUUGAUUUUAAAUGUGCCACAUUUUUCUGCAUGGUGUUUUGAUUUGGAACCCAACUCUUUUUUAAAACAUCUAUAGUGUUUCUCUUUUUCUGCCUAUAUGCUAAAACCAGUACAGAAUCUUAGAAUCUACAGUGUAAAUGUCAAUUCCUGUAGUAACUAGCAUGGCUGAAACUUCUUUUCAUGAAUUUCACUGAUAAGAUGGAUUUAUUUGGCAGGUGAAAAGAAAACAGGAACUAGGCCACCUUUAGAAAACUUUGGAAAAAAAUAAACAAAGUUGGUUAAUGAUA